AUGACCGCCUCCCCGAGAUCCAAGCGUCGCGGCUCUGUUAGGAAGCGGGCGGGCUCGCACUCGGCCCCAGCGCAAAAGGAGAAUCACGACCAGAGUCUCCUGGCAAUUCGAAAGUUCCUCAAAAGCAGAACCGUCUACGACGUUUUCCCUAUCUCCUUCAGGCUCAUCGUUCUUGAUGUCGAGCUCAACGUGAAGAAGGCUUUGCAAUGCCUCCUGCUCAAUGGCGCGUGCGUUCCUCCCUAUACUUGCGAGAAGGGAGAGUUCGCAGGAAUGCUUACCGUUCUCGACAUCAUCCACCUAAUGCAGUACUAUUGGCGCAAUACAUCGACCUACGACGAUGCUGCAGAAGAUGUAGAGACUUUCAAGUUGGACCAAUUGAGAGAUAUCGAGCGGGAGCUCGGCGUCGCGCAGCCCCCUUUGUUACGAGAACACCCCACGAGCACCCUAUAUGCGGCAGCGACCCUUCUCAUCCAAACUCAUGCACGUCGCGUCCCGCUCCUCGAUAAUGACACAGAAACCGGGCAGGAAGUCAUCGUGUCAGUUUUGACGCAAUACCGACUGCUAAAGUUCAUCUCCAUAAAUUGCAUGAAGGAAAUACAGCACCUACAACUGCCCCUCCGUGCUUUGGGCAUCGGAACAUACGUUACAAACCCGACAGCGGAAAACCCCUUUCACCCCAUCUCUGUUGCACAUAUGGAUACCAGCGUCUUUGACGUUGUUCACAUGUUCUCGGAGAAGUCCAUUUCUGCCGUGCCAAUCGUCGAUGCCGAUGGUAUCGUCGUUAACCUGUACGAGACGGUGGACGUCAUCACGCUCGUCCGCCUCGGCGCCUUCCAGGGCCUCAGCUUGACGGUUCGUGAGGCCCUCAAUCAGCGCGCGAAGGACUUCCCGGGCGUCGUUAUCUGCACAGCCUCCGACUCUUUGGACAAGUUACUGCAGCUCAUCAAGCGUCGACGUGUACAUCGUUUGGUGGUUGUCGAGGGCGAGGAAGAGGAGCGCCGAGGAGGCAAGAAGGGCCGCUUGCUGGGUAUUAUUACUCUCAGCGACGUACUGCGCUACAUCGUCGGCGUACCGAACAUCGGCGCGACUGAGCCGACGACGCCGUCAGCCUCGACAUCGUUCUCGACUUUGGGCAGGGAGCGGCACUCAUCAGGUGACGAUGCGUGGUCGGAACGCAGUCGUGACGGAUCUUUCGACGAGCGCCCACAUUUCACGCCACCAUCACAGCCUCCUCCGAUAGUGGAGCAUCCGUCAGGAGAGGUCGAGACCGUAGAGCUGCCUCCCGCUUCUGAGGAGGAAGCUGCUGAGUCUGAACCCGCUGCAGAGGCCCCCAAGGUCGAGGUAGUGGAAGUUCCUGCUGAAGAGGACGCACAGGAGCCCGAACCUGAACCGUAG